CGGCGAGGAUAAAGCAAGAUGGCGUCUGACGGUGAAGACGUUAUUGCAGUCGUCACAGUUCAGUGUUCUUAAUCUGUGCGUCCAUGUACACAUAUAUGUCCUUUAUUACACUCUAUUAAAUAGAGUUAACAUCGUUAAUAACUGUUUGCAUCCGGUUAUAUUAGUCUGAGCGCACUUUGACGCUUCUCGAGCUAGCUUAGCUUGCUAGUUAGCUUAGCUUGUUAGCUGCUAACAAAGAGAGGCGGAAGUGAUCAAAACACAUCGCUAAGCAGAGAUCAAGUGUGAGUGUAAAGUGUUGUGAUUGUGUGAAAAUGUGCGAAAGAACGAUAGCAGAGUACGAGGAGGAACUUUGUCCAACAAAAGAGGAGAAGGAGCGACAACAUCAAAAACAUCAAGUUGUGUUACACAGAACAGACAUCCAUCAGCUGAUUGGACACCAAGAAGAAUGUCUCCCUCAUCUGCAGGGGGACAGUUUCACUUUAGAGGAUCCACAGCACUCACAUUUUAAAAGGGACGAGGAGGAUCCACAGCCCCUUUAUUUUAAAGAGGAAGAGGAGGGAGAGUGUCCUGUAGGGCAGGAGGAGGCUGAUCUCACCAAGUUUCCACUGGCUGUUGUCUCUGUGAAGACUGAAGAGCAUGAAGACAAACCACCUGAGUCCUCACAGCUUCAUCACAGUCCAAACGUCUGUGAAGAACAUGUUUACCCUGAGCAACAGAAGUGGAGCUUCAGGAUGCGGACGGAGGAGCCACAGCCCUCCCACAUUAAGAAGGAAGAGAAAUACCCACUGAUCCCCCAUUUUAAAGAGGAAGAGGAGGACCCACUGACACCCCGUUUUAAAGAGGAAGCGGUGGAUCCACAGAGCCCUCACAUUAAGGAGGAAGAGGUGGAUCCACUGACCCCUCACAUUAAUGACGAAGAGGAGGAACACAGCAUCAGUCAGCAGAGAGAGCAUAUUGAAGGUCUGGAGGAGGUUGAUGUCACCAAGAUGCCAGUGACUGGUGUCCCUGUGAAGAGUGAAGGUGAUGAGGUCAAAGGUGAAAGUGAGGAGAAGAGAGAGGCGGAGCCUCCAAGCAGCAGCUCAACUCAACACAUGACAACAGAAGCUGAUGGAGACCACUGUGGAGGAUCACAAGCAGACAAGCUCUUAGCUCCACUAUCAGAUAGUGAGGACACAACGUCACACUCUCCUGACACUGAUGAUGAAGACUCUAAAGAUGAUAAGACAUGUCACACUGACAACACACACUUCACAUGUUCUCACUGCGACAAAACUUUUAAAUACCAUUGUCGUCUGAAAGUACACAUGAGAAUACACACUGGAGAAAAACCUUUUUCCUGCUCAGAAUGUGGUAAAAGUUUUGUAAAAAAUCUAAGUUUAAAAGUACACAUGAGAAUACACACUGGAGAAAAACCUUUUUCAUGUUCAAUCUGCGGUAAAGAUUUUACUCAAAAGCACCAUUUCAAAGUACACAUGAGAAAACACACCGGAGAAAAACCUUUUACCUGCUCAGAAUGUGGUAAAAGUUUUGUAAUAAAUCAAAGUUUAGAAGCACACAUGAGAACACACACUGGAGAAAAACCUUUUUCAUGUUCAAUCUGCGGUAAAGAUUUUACUCAAAAGUACAAUUUCAAAGCACACAUGAAAAUACACACCGGAGAAAAACCUUUUUCAUGUUCAAUCUGCGGUAAAGAUUUUACUCGAAGGGACCAUUUCAAAAAACACAUGAGAAUACACACUGGAGAAAAACCUUUUAUCUGCUCAGAAUGUGGUAAAAGUUUUGUAAUAAAUGAACGUUUAAAAGUACACAUGAGAACACACACUGGUGAAAAACCUUUUAUAUGUUCAGUAUGUGGUAAAAGUUAUAUAGAAAACCAGCAAUUAAAAUUACACAUGAGAACGCACUCUGGUGAAAAACCAUACUCCUGUUCAAGCUGCAACAAAAGCUAUCGUCGCCGACAAUCUUAUACAGUACACAUGAGAACACACACAGGAGAGAAAGUGUUGAGUUGCAGUGUGUGUGGUGAAAGAUUAUCUUCUAAGUACCAGUGUAAGAAACACACGUGUUUAAGAUCAAGUGUGAGUGUAAAGUGUUGUGAUUGUGUGAAAAUGUGCGGAAGAACGAUAGCAGAGUACAAAGAGGAACUUUGUCCAACAAAAGAGGAGAAGGAGCGACAACAUCAACUACUGGACGCUGUUUUCAAGAAACAUCAAGUUGUGUUACACAGAACAGACGUCUGUGAAGAACAUCUUUACCCUGAGCAACAGAAGUGGAGCUUCAGGAUGCGGACGAAGGUGCCACAGCCCUCCCACAUUAAGAAGGAAGAGGAAUACCCACUGAUCCCCCAUUUUAAAAAGGAAGAGGAGGACCCACUGACACCCCAUUCUAAAGAAGAAGUGGUGGAUCCACUGAGCCUUCACAUUAAGGAGGAAGAGGUGGAUCCACUGAGCCCUCACAUUAAGGAGGAAGAGGUGGAUCCACUGACACCCCGUUUUAAAGAGGAAGAGGAGGACCCACUGACACCCCAUUUUAAAGAGGAAGCGGUGGAUCCACUGAGCCCUCACAUUAAGGAGGAAGAGGUGGAUCCACUGACACACCAUUUUCAAGAGAAAGUGGUGGAUCCACUGACCCCUCACAUUAAGGAGGAAGAGGUGGAUCCACUGACCCCUCACAUUAAAGAGGAAGAGGAGGAACACAGCAUCAGUCAGCAGGGAGAGCAUCUUGAAGGACUGGAGGAGGUUGAUGUCACCAAGAUGCCAGUGACUGGUGUCCCUGUGAAGAGUGAAGGUGAUGAGGUCAAAGGUGAAAGUGAAGAGAAGAGAGAGGCGGAGCCUCCAAGCAGCAGCUCAACUCAACACAUGACAACAGAAGCUGAUGGAGACCACUGUGGAGGAUCACAAGCAGACAAGCUCUUAGCUCCACUAUCAGAUAGUGAGGACACAACGUCACACUCUCCUGACACUGAUGAUGAACACUCUAAAGAUGAUAAGACAUGUCACACUGACAACACACACUUCACAUGUUCUCACUGUGACAAAACUUUUAAAUACCAUUGUCAUCUGGUAAGACACAUGAGAACACACACUGGAGAGAAACCGUUUUCCUGCUCAGAAUGUGGCAGAGAGUUUAGACUAAAACCCAUGCUGAAAGAACACAUGAGAAUACAUACUGGAGAAAAACCUUUUUCAUGUUCAAUCUGUGGUAAACAUUUUACUCAAGGGCGACAUUUGAAGAGACACAUGAGAAUACACACUGGAGAAAAACCUUUUUUAUGUUCAAUCUGCGGUAAAGAUUUUUCUCGAAGGGACUUUUUCAAUGCACACAUGAGAAUACACACUGGAGAAAAACCUUUUUCCUGCUCAGAAUGUGAUAAAAGUUUUGUAAUAAAUCAAAGUUUAAAAGUACACAUGCGAACACACACUGGUGAAAAACCUUUUUCAUGUUCAAUCUGCGGUAAAGAUUUUAAUCAUAAGCACCAUUUCAAAGCACACAUGAGAAUACACACUGGAGAAAAACCUUUUAUAUGUUCAGUAUGUUGUAAAAGUUUUAUACAAAGACAUAAUUUGAAUGUACACAUGAGAACACACACAGGAGAGAAAGUGUUGAGUUGCAGUGUGUGUGGUGAAAGAUUCUCUUAUAAGUACCAGUGUAAGAAACACAAGUGUGCUGGUGAGAACAGCAGCAGCAAAUGAAGAUGCAGGAUUUGAAACAAACUUUCUAACAACAUCAGCACUUAUAACGUGUGACAUCAUUGUUGUGUGUGUAACACAAUCUUGUUAAUAUAAUUCUAACAUUUAUAGAUUAGACACUUCAGAUUAGUGCUUUUAUUUCAGUCAAGUACAUGAGUUAAUAUACACAUUUGUGUACUUUAAAAUGAACAGAACAAUUUGACUGAAAAGGUGAGAAUAAACAGUACAUAAAUAGUUACUUAAAGUAAACAUUUUAUGUGUAGAUAUUCAUAAUUCACUUUUAUACUUAUUCAUAAUAGUGUUUUAUAUAUGUUUUUUUUAAAUAAUGAAGUGUUACAUAUUUUAUGUUCUAAUUGUAAAUGAUUCCAUCGAUGAAUCAAUUUAAGUGGACCCCGACUUAAACAAGUUGAAAAACUUAUUCGGGUUUUACCAUUUAGUGGUCAAUUGUACGGAAUAUGUACUUCACUCUGCAACCUACUAAUAAAAGUUUCAAUCACUCAAUCAACUCCUUUAUAUGAUAUACAUAUUUGUUUUACAUGUGUUCAUACCUUUGCUUUUGAGUACACAUAAAUCCCUCUUAGUUCAUAUUUACUGGUUCACAUCUGAAACAUCUUCUGGACCACUUCUGGAAGCAUAUUAUUAUUUACUUUAUACAUCAUUUGAGCAGUUGUGUUUUAUACAAGAUCAUUUACUUUUAAAAUGUGUGACUUUAUGAAU